UUUUUCUUUUCAAUGUCGUCCUCAACGUUCACGGUCCGUCUUUCUUUAUUUUUCUACCGAAGCGAAUGUUUUGUUCGGUACAUUGUUUAAUAAACACACAUCCCCGCCGAUAAAAGACGAACGUAGUUCGUACACCGUACUAAAAUUAAAUGUGGUGUACAAGACGUGGUUAUCGGUAAAUAAUCGAUUUGAUUUUAAACGCAGUUAGCGGACAUCACAAAUGAUAGAGUUUCAUAAACUUUGAGUCUAAACUCGGUGAAUGGGACAUUUCAACGAGCACCAAGUGUUCAGAAAAUGUUAUCCUACGAAAUAAUAAAUCAAGAAGAUACUGCCAUAAUAAGAGAAGUCUAUGACAAUGACAACUCACAGGAAAUGUUUGAACAGGAACUGGAUAAUGCCUUAGAGGCUGGCUACAAGUAUAUUAUUAUUGAGCCAACUCAGCUGGCUGAUGAAACUGUGAGAUGGAUUACUGUUGGAAAUUUUCUUUCUCAAACGGCUAUCAUAUCUAGUGCUUUGUCUGCAGGAACAGCUUAUUUUUGGACUUCGAAGCCAUUUGUAUAUGGCCCCUUGUGCAUGGCUUCAUUUGUAUGCACUGGACUAUAUAUGAUCUCAUGGCAGUUUGAUCCAUGCUGCAAGUAUCAGGUGCACAAGGACCCAAGAUUGAAAUCGCUCCAAAAGGAAGACAACACCCCAUCAUUGCCAGUGGUUAUAGAACGUGGCAGUGAUACCAAGAGGAAAAUUGUACACACAUCAGUAACAGUUGUGUCAACUGCUUAUUGUAUAUGGAAGCUGUACGAAUAUUGCAAAUAAUCUUUUAAAUUGAGAUCAAAUUUUUAUGGGAACGUGAUGGUUCAAGAACAGUCAGCACAUUUUAAAAUUGUAUUUUAUAUAUGUACACUUGAUUUUAUUUUAUUUACCUACCAACUUAUGAUUGUAUGUACCUGAUAAUGUUGAACGCCAGUGACUAAGAGAUUUCCUUCUCGGGUGUAGAGCAUAUAUCCAUGUUACAUCAUACUUUCUAUAUACAUUUCAUCUUUAAAUGAAUUAAUGAAUAAUAUUCAAUGCAAAUUUAUUAUUCACUGGAAUUAUUAUCGGCUUUACUUUGCGAGAUCAUAUUAAGAACUCGAAAUGUAAUUUUAUACAAAGUUUAAAUACUUAUUUCCAUCUUUCAUUAAGUUUUACAUUCAAAUAAAUACGAUGAUUAUUAGGCUUUAGAAACAUUGUAAUGACAAUUAUUAAGUCAUAUUAUUUAUUUUAUAUAAAAUAAUAAUAGUGACAAUUGACAAAGUAUAAUUUCUAUUUUCCUGAUAUUUAAACAUUUUAAACUAUCCUAAAUUUUAAUCACUGAGCUAAGUUAUAUUUUUAGAAUUCUUACUAUAAAUUUUCAUUGCUACAUAAAUCAUUAUAUUGUUAAAAAUAAUUUAAACUCAACAUUAUUUUUCAUAAAUUAAAAUUUAUUAUUAUGUAUAAUAAGUUAAAUAAUUAAAAUCUUUAUAUUUGUGGAAAUAACUUCUUUAUACACUUGAUGUUUAUGGACGAGUGAACGGAUAUAUCUCAGGCAUCUAAAUAGGUGUAAAAUGUUUUAGCACACAUGAUUUAGUCAUGUUAAAUAUUGUCUAUAAAUUACUAACAAUAUUAGAUCAUGCUAAAAAUUGCCAUUAAAAUAAAAACAAAACAGUAAUGUUUUAUAUUUGUGACGUGAUAAAAUAUAUAAAUUGAUAAUUUAUUUA